AUGAACUUAUUUAGGCCUUAUAACAACUCUGUAAAACAGUGGGAUGCCAUCACUGAAAUGGAUGAACACAAUAGGCCCAUUCAUACGUACCAGGUAUGCAAUGUAAUGGAACCAAACCAAAACAAUUGGCUUCGUACAAACUGGAUCUCCCGUGACGCAGCUCAGAAAAUUUAUGUGGAAAUGAAGUUCACACUGAGGGAUUGUAACAGCAUUCCAUGGGUCUUGGGGACUUGCAAAGAAACAUUUAAUCUGUACUAUGUGGAAUCAGAUGAGUCUCAUGGAAUUAAAUUCAAGCCAAGCCAGUAUACAAAGAUUGACACAAUUGCUGCUGACGAAAGUUUUACCCAGAUGGAUUUGGGUGAUCGCAUCCUCAAACUCAACACUGAAAUUCGUGAAGUGGGGCCUAUAGAAAGAAAAGGAUUUUAUCUGGCUUUUCAAGACAUUGGGGCAUGCAUUGCCCUAGUUUCGGUACGUGUUUUCUACAAAAAGUGCCCUUUUACUGUUCGUAACCUGGCCAUGUUUCCAGACACAAUCCCAAGAGUUGAUUCAUCCUCCUUGGUUGAAGUAAGGGGCUCUUGUGUGAAGAGUGCAGAAGAGCGGGACACUCCUAAACUGUAUUGUGGAGCUGAUGGGGAUUGGCUAGUUCCUCUUGGAAGAUGUAUCUGCAGUACAGGAUAUGAAGAAAUUGAAGGCUCUUGCCACGCUUGCAGACCAGGAUUCUAUAAAGCAUUUGCUGGCAACACAAAAUGUUCUAAAUGUCCUCCACACAGUUUAACCUACAUGGAAGCAACUUCUGUCUGUCAGUGUGAAAAAGGUUACUUUCGAGCUGAAAAAGACCCACCUUCCAUGGCAUGUACCAGGCCACCUUCAGCUCCUAGGAAUGUGGUUUUUAACAUCAAUGAAACAGCUCUUAUUUUGGAAUGGAGCCCGCCAAGUGACACAGGAGGGAGAAAAGAUCUCACAUACAGUGUAAUCUGUAAGAAAUGUGGCUUAGACACCAACCAGUGUGAGGACUGUGGUGGAGGACUCCGCUUCAUCCCAAGACAUACUGGCCUAAUCAACAAUUCCGUGAUAGUACUUGACUUCGUGUCUCACGUGAAUUACACCUUUGAAAUAGAAGCCAUGAAUGGAGUUUCUGAGUUGAGUUUUUCUCCAAAGCCAUUCACAGCUAUUACAGUGACCACGGAUCAAGACGCACCUUCCCUGAUAGGCAUGGUAAGGAAGGACUGGGCAUCCCAAAAUAGCAUUGCCCUAUCAUGGCAAGCACCUGCUUUUUCCAAUGGAGCCAUACUGGACUACGAGAUCAAGUACUAUGAAAAAGUCUACCCACGGAUAGCGCCGGCAUUUUGGCACUACCUGCGGGUAGAAGAGCAUGAGCAGCUCACCUAUUCCUCCACGAGGUCAAAGGCCCCCAGUGUCAUCAUCACAGGUCUCAAGCCAGCCACCAAGUACAUUUUUCAUAUCCGAGUGAGGACUGCAACAGGAUACAGUGGCUAUAGUCAGAAGUUUGAAUUUGAAACAGGAGAUGAAACUUCUGACAUGGCGGCAGAACAGGGGCAGAUCCUCGUGAUAGCCACAGCAGCCGUGGGAGGUUUCACUCUCCUUGUCAUUCUUACCUUGUUCUUCUUAAUCACUGGGAGGUGUCAAUGGUACAUAAAGGCCAAAAUGAAAUCAGAAGAGAAGAGAAGAAAGGACUUACAGAAUGGGCAUUUGCGCUUCCCAGGGAUUAAAACUUACAUAGAUCCAGAUACUUAUGAAGACCCAUCCCUAGCAGUCCAUGAAUUUGCAAAAGAGAUAGAUCCCUCCAGAAUACGCAUCGAGAGAGUCAUUGGGGCAGGUGAAUUUGGAGAAGUCUGUAGUGGGCGUUUGAAAACACCAGGGAAAAGAGAGAUCCCAGUUGCCAUAAAAACUUUAAAAGGUGGCCACAUGGAUCGGCAAAGAAGAGAUUUUCUAAGAGAGGCUAGUAUCAUGGGUCAGUUUGACCACCCAAAUAUCAUUCGCUUAGAAGGUGUUGUCACAAAAAGAUCCUUCCCGGCCAUUGGGGUGGAAACGUUUUGCCCCAGCUUCCUGAGGGCAGGGUUUUUAAAUAGCAUCCAGGCCCAGCAUCCAGUGCCAGGGGGAGGAUCUUUGCCCCCCAGGAUUCCUGCUGGCAGACCAGUAAUGAUCGUGGUGGAGUAUAUGGAGAAUGGAUCCCUAGACUCCUUUUUGCGGAAACAUGAUGGCCACUUCACAGUCAUUCAGUUGGUUGGUAUGCUCCGAGGCAUUGCAUCAGGAAUGAAGUAUCUUUCUGAUAUGGGUUAUGUUCACCGAGAUCUAGCAGCUAGGAAUAUAUUGGUCAACAGCAAUUUAGUAUGCAAAGUUUCUGAUUUUGGUCUCUCCCGAGUGCUGGAAGAUGAUCCAGAAGCAGCUUAUACAACAACUGUCUUCGCCAUACAGUCUAUAGCUGAGAAGCUGAAGAAAAGGACAUUAAAAUAUACUGGGGAAGAAGUAGAAGUAGCUGGUCUUCUGAAGAGUGGGAUUAAAGUGAAAAAAGCAAAAAAGGAGAACGAGAAAGAGGUGAUAUAA